AUGCUGAGGAUGCUGCUGCUGCUGCCCUUAGGACUCCUGCUGGGGAUCCCUGCUAUCCUCGCGUUGAGCCACAGUCACAGCCACCUGGAUGAGAGGGGACCCAUUCUGGAUGAAGCAGGCAGGUCCAGCUACCCAAGUCUUCUGCAGAUGGUCAAAGAGGCACCCGCAGAUUUUGAACAGUUGGUCCUGGAGCUGCCAAUAGUCCAAGAUGACCUUGCCCCAGAAGCUAGCUUGGUGGAGCCACAGGGACGGGAAGAGCGCUCUCCACGCAGAUGUGUCCGCUUGCAGGAAUCCUGCCUCGGGCACAAACUCCCUUGCUGCGACCCAUGUGCCACCUGCUAUUGCCGCUUCUUCAAUGCCAACUGCUUCUGCAAGAAAUUUAGCAACACUUUCCCCUGUAGCAGGAACUAG